AUGUCAACAGGAGUACUUCAGUUUGUUAAAGGUUUCGAUUUAUCAAGAAACGAUUUUUCUAGUGAUAAAUUUCCUCCGGAACUUGAACAAAUGACACAAGCAACAUGGUUAAAAUUAAAUCGUACCAAAUUAGAACGUGUUCCAGAUGAGUUAUCACGUAUGCCAAAUUUACAACAUCUUCAGAUGUCAAGAAAUAAUCUUACAAAUGUUCAUGGCGAAUUAAGUGAUUUACCACGUCUUCGUAGUGUAAUUGUUCAUCAUAAUAACAUUAAAGUCUCAGGAAUCCCAUCAGAUAUCUUUCGUAUGAAAGAUCUUACAAUAAUAGAUUUUUCCCAUAAUCAAUUAAAAGAAGUUCCAGCAAAUUUAGAAUAUGCUAAAUGUGCUAUUGUAUUGAAUCUUUCACACAAUAAUAUAACGAAUAUUUCCAAUAAUAAAUUAGAUCAAAUACCUUCACAAAUGAGAAGACUUCAAUUAUUACAAAUUCUUAAUUUAUCAAACAAUCCUCUCAAAAGUUUUCAUUUUAAGCUUAAUAGUUCAAUGAAAAAUCUUAGAAUAUUAUCUUUGAAAAAUACAAAUAGAACUCAUAAUAAUUUAUCAUUAAUUUCUGAUGAAUUGUAUAAUAUUACAGAUCUAGAUUUAUCUUAUAAUUCAUUAACUAUACCUCCAGAUGGAUUAUAUGAAUUAAAAAAACUUCGAAAAUUAGAUCUCAGUUACAACAAUUUUGAAGCAUUUUCAAUACCAGAAAAUACCUUAGAACAUUUAGAAGUUAUUAAUAUUAGUGGUAAUGGAAUGAUAUCACUACCAGAUAAUAUAACAAAAUUAUCAAAACUUCAAAGAAUAUAUGCCAGUUUUAAUAAAUUAACUUUUAGUGGUCUACCACCAAGUAUAGGAAAACUUUUACAAUUAAAAAUAUUAUUCCUCAGUUAUAAUAAAUUGGAAUUAAUACCAGAAGGUCUUUGUAGAUGUGUAAAAUUAAUGAAAUUAAAAUUAGAUAAUAAUAAUUUAAUUACCCUUCCUGAUACAAUAUAUCUUUUACCAGAUUUAAAAGAAUUAGAUUUACAUAAUAAUGAUAAUCUUGUUAUGCCACCAAAACCAAGUGAAAGAUCAAAAAUUCAAUAUUAUAAUGUUGAUUUUACUGCUGCUGCAGCUCAGGCAAAUACUGAAAAUAAUACAGUUGCUGCAUCAUCAUUAAAUUCUAUAAUGACUGGAACAUCAUCAAUACAAAAUAAAGAUCCUAUUGCAAGAAAAAAAGAUUUUAUUAAACGAAGACGUUAUCAGGCUGAUGCUAAAGAUGCUUCUAAAGUUAUUCAAGGAAUGUCAAAAAUUGCUGGAAAAAGAAAUGAUUCUGUUGAUGAUUCAGAGGAUAUGCCACUUGGAGGUAGUUGUGGAAUUAAAACAAUGUCAUGGAAAGAAAAAAUUGAACAACAAAAACCAAAAAUAGAUUAUUCAGAUGUUUUUGAUGAAGAUAUUGGUAAUUAUGAAGAUUUAUGGAUAUGGGAAAUUGAAAAUUUUUAUCCUGUUCUUAUUGAUCCUUCUUUUUAUGGUCAAUUUUAUGAGGCAGAUAGUUAUCUUAUUUUAAAAACAAACAAAGAAGUUUCUGGACAAUUAACACAUCAAAUAUUUUAUUGGAUUGGUGAAAAAACUUCAUUAGAUAAAGGUAUGUGUGCAGCUGUACAUGCAGUAAAUCUUAGAAAUUAUCUUGGAGCAUCAUGUCGUACCAUAAGAGAAGAUAUGAAUGAUGAAAGUGAAGAAUUUUUAAAUAUUUUUAGUGAUGAAAUUGUUUAUAUUGAAGGUGCCAGAACAGCAUCUGGUUUUUAUAAUGUAGAAAAACCUACUUGGGUAAAUAGAUUAUAUCGUGGAACUGUUAAUGGAAUUAAUGUUAAUUUAGAACCUGUACCAUGCUCUCCUGAAAGUCUUGAUCCAAGAUUUGUUUACCUUCUUGAUGCAUAUAAAACUAUUUGGAUAUGGAGUGGAUAUAAAUCAAGGACAACUGUUUCAAACAAAGUUAGAUUAUUUGCAGUAACAAUUAAUAGUAGAGAACGAAAAGGUGAAGCUGAAAUUGAAACAUGUAGUCAAUUUAAAACACCAGAAGAAUUUUGGAAAGAUUUAUAUGGUUCAACUGAACCUCCUGAAGAACCUAUUGUUGAGAAUGUUCUUGUAGAUCAAGAAGAAACAAGAAAAAAAUUAUACCAUAUUCAAUUAGGAAUGGGUUUUCUUGAAAUACCACAAGUAGAAUUAAAAGAUAACAUUUGUGAACAAAAUAUGCUUGAAACAAAAGGUGUAUAUGUUCUUGAUACAUAUUCAGAAGUUUUCUUAUGGAUUGGAAAAAAAGCUAAUCGCCUUACAAAAAUGGCUGGUCAUAAAAUAAUUAAAGAAAUUCAUUCAAUAUUUGAAAGACCUGAAUAUGCUCAAAUAACAAAAGAAUUAGAAGGUGAGGAAAGUUGUGUAUUUAGAAGUAAAUUUAAAGGAUGGAAUGAUAUUGUUCCAUCUGAUUUUACAAGAACCGCUGAAUCUAUGCAAAGAAGGGGAGCUGAUUUAAAAAUUAUUAUGGAGAGAGAUAAAAUAAAAACAGAUCUUAAUGCAUUCUUUGCACCACGUGCCUCAGAAGUUCCACAUGAAGAGGCUGAUGCUGUUAUUGAAGAAUGUAAUGAAGAUCUUGAAUUUAUUGAAUCAUUUGUAUUAGAAAAUAGAAAAUUUGUUAAACUUCCACCAUCAGAAUUUGGAACAUUUUAUACAUGCGAUUGUUAUGUUUUUCUAUGCCGAUAUUUUGUCUCUAAUGAAGAUGAUGAAGAAACUGAAUAUGAGGAUGAAGAAAGUGAAAAUAAUAGUGUUUGUUCUUCACAUGCUUCUAAUCAACAAAAUGAUUUUAAAUGUGUUGUAUAUUUUUGGCAAGGUAGAGAUGCUGGAAACAUGGGUUGGCUUCAUUUUACUUUUUCAUUACAAAAAAAAUUUGAAAGUUUAUUUAAAGAUAAACUUGAAGUAAUAAGAAUGUAUCAACAACAAGAAAAUGCUAAAUUUUUAUCACAUUUUCAUAGGAAAUUUUUAAUACGUCGUGGUAGACGUAAUCUUUCACAAAAUCUUGGUGGUAAGUGGCCAGAACUUUUUAGUAUGCGGGCUAAUGGAUCUGCUGUUUGUACAAGAACUAUACAAAUUGAUUGCCUGGCAAAAAAUCUUAAUUCAGGUUUUUGUUUUAUUUUACGAGCACCAUUUAGUGUACCUGAUGAGGAUGGAAAUUGUGGUAAACUUUUUGUAUGGAGAGGUUCAAAAUCUGAUCCAUAUUUUCAUCAAUAUAUUGAACAAGUAGCAAGAGAAUUAAUUAAUACAAAUAAUCUUUUUCCUGUUGAAAUAGUUGAUGAAGGUAAUGAAACAUUGGAAUUUUGGAAAGCACUUGGAGGAAAGAAAAAAUAUGAAAAAGAUGCAUCAUUUGUUAAUUUUACUCGCCUAUUUCGAUGUUCAAAUGACAAAGGAUAUUUUGCUGUUUCUGAAAAAACAAUGGACUUUUGUCAAGAUGAUUUAGAUGAUGAAGAUAUAAUGGUUCUUGAUAAUGGUGAAAUUGUUUAUUUAUGGAUUGGAAGAAAUGCUUCACAGGUUGAGACAAAAUUAGCCUAUGGUGCUGUAGGUGUAUAUAUAGCUCAAGCACAAAUGAGAAAUCCUGAAAGGCCUAGAAAAUUAAUGGCUGCUAUAAAAGGCUUAGAAAGUAAAAGAUUUACAAAGUGUUUCCACGCUUGGGGUAAGCAUAAAGUUCCUGCUGGAGAUUAA